AUGGCAUCUGAUAAUUCAACAUCUUCUUUUCCAAUUAUUGUUUUUAUUAAUGAUUCAUCACCACCAGCUACGAUAACAUUCAAUAAUGAACAAUUAAAGUCAACAUUUAAAUUUGCAAUUUUGGAUGAUAUUGAUCGAAAAAAAGGAUCUGAAGUGAAAGAAUCAGUUGAUAAAAUUAAAAUGUUAUUGAGCAAACGAAUUGAUCUAUAUACUGUUGCUGCUCAUGGCGUUACAAAAACACAUUCAGCUGCAUGGUGGUUAAAAUUUAGUUUUGCAAAAGAAGUUGUAUCCGAUGAUCCUGCUCUUCGUGAAAUUUGUACUUAA